AGAACUAUCCGGUGUGCGGAAGAGAGAAACAGGCAGGGGGAGUCUCGCCUCGGGUCAAAGGUCACUAGAGGUCCCUUUUUAGAAGAGCACGCAAAAAUCAUCCACAUGGAGCCAGUAAAUCAGGUGCAUUCAGGAACAUGAUACAAGCAGAAGUAGCUGUCGGAAGGGAAGCCUGUCUUGCAAUACAGACGAGGAAUUAUCUCAGUGGUGGAAGGGGCCUCGGAAGUCAUCCGGUGCAGCCUCCAACUGGGGCAAGGGGGCCGCAGCGUCCUCUUAGGAGACCCUGAGCAAAGGGGAACGCAGCAUCUUCCGAGACUCUGCACCACGUAAGCCUGCUGUGCAGUGCCAAGGCGUUUCCUUGCUUCGGUACAUCCCCAGCCGAACACAAUGAAUUGUGGGAGACUUCUCUGUGCCUUUGGUAACCAUGCUGCCAGGAGAGCCAACAUCCUACACUCGUUCUGGCACAGAUCUCCAAAGACCUGGAGGAAUUUUGCAGCCUGCCCUUACAGAGCUGUGAUCUUCGACAUGGGUGGAGUUCUGCUUCCUUCUCCAUACAGACUGGCAGCAGACUGGGAAGUGCGGAACUGUAUCCCGCCUGGCACCAUCAAGCAGGCCCUGAUAUCAGGAGGGGAGAAUAGACCCUGGAUGAGAUACAUGAGAGGGGAGCUGAAGCCAGCCGAGUUUCUGCGUGAGUUCGGACAGCAGUGCUCCGAGAUCGCACACUCCUCCGUCCCUGUGGAGUCCUUCCUUUCUGAGUUAACCAGCGUGGGAAUGUCAGAACAACUCCCCGUUAUGACCAAGGCAAUAAAAUGUAUUCGGGCAGAAGGUCUCAAGACGGCAGUUCUGAGUAACAAUUUUUAUUUACACAGUGGAGAAAGCUUUUUGCCCCUGGACCGAAAGCAGUUUGAUGUGAUUGUUGAGUCUUGCCGGGAAGGGGUGUGUAAACCCGACCCCCGUAUAUACAGAGCUUGCUUGGAGCGCCUGGGGGUGCAGGCCAAGGAGUCCAUCUUUCUGGAUGACAUUGGGCAGAACCUGAAAGUGGCUGGCCAGCUGGGCAUUAAGACGGUGAAGGUGAGGAGCUCCAGGAGGAGGGGGCGCCACUCAGCAGCAGCGCUUGCAGAGGGUUCGAUCGCUGGAAUUCCAGCUGUGGCUAGAGAAGACCCUUUCCGAAACCCUGUGGGCCACAGCUGCCAACCAGCAUCAGCAAUGCAGGUUGAUGACCCAGGCACUGCGAUUCAAGAGUUAGAGGCCCACCUGGGCUUCUCCCUGCGCUCCUUUGUGCCUUACACGUGCCCUGUGCGGCCGGUGAUGGACAUUCCCAGAGAGCCUCUCCAGAAGUACCUUGACAGCGUCUUGGGGGAGGAGGCAAAAGGUCCUCUGGUGUUGCGGCAGUUCAGCCACGGUCAGUCCAAUCCAACGUACCUCCUUGCGCUGAGAGGCCGCCAGCUGGUCCUGAGGAAGAAGCCGCCCGGCAAGCUGCUGCCAUCCGCCCAUGCUGUGGAAAGAGAGUUCAGAAUUUUGAAAGCCCUUGCCGGAGCAGGCGUUCCUGUCCCAAAAGUCUGGGCCUUAUGUGAAGAUUCAAGCAUCAUCGGCACCCCGUUCUACUUAAUGGACUACUGCACCGGCCGGAUCUUCAAGGACCCCUCUCUUCCAGAACUGGAGCCCAGCCAGCGGGGAGGGAUCUACAGCGCCAUGAACAGAGUCCUCUGCCAGAUCCACAGUGUAGACAUUAAAGCAGCAGGCCUGGAGGAUUAUGGGAAGCACGGCAACUACAUUCAGCGGCAAGUCCAGACCUGGAGCAAACAGUACCGGGCGACGGAGACCCACACGAUCCCGGCCAUGGAGAGGCUGCUGGAAUGGCUGCCUUCCCACCUGCCAGCCAGCGAACGCCUCUCUGUCGUGCAUGGAGACUUCAGGCUGGACAACCUGAUCUUCCAUCCGGAGAAGCCCGAGGUCAUCUCUGUCCUUGACUGGGAGCUCUCCACCUUAGGCGAUCCUCUUUCUGACGUGGCUUACAACUGCCUGGUGUAUUAUCUGUCUCCUCAGUUCCCCAUCUUAAAAGGCUUGAGCAACCGUGACUUAGCCCAGCUGGCCAUCCCCACAGCAGAGGAAUACGUCCAGAUGUACUGCCGCCACAUGGGCAUUCCUCCUGUCGAGAACUGGAAUGUCUACAUGACCUUCUCCUUCUUCAGAAUAGCUGCCAUCCUACAGGGGGUAUACAGGCGCUCGCUUACAGGCCAGGCCAGCUCGGCCGGUGCUGAAAGCAGCGGGAAGCAGGCGGAGGCCAUGGCGGAGCUGGCCUGGAGCUUUGCCACCAAGGAGGGCUUUCGCAUCUUCAAGGAACUCCCAACCGGCAGACCUCCCAGCAGGGCCUUCAGCACGUGGGCGGAUCUGAGGCAGCUCUCGCGGAGGAGCUCCUCCAGCCCGGCUUCCACGCCCGCACCCCGGCUGAUUGUCUCUCUGGAUGGGCUGCCGAGCCGCGUCCAGGAACUGCACCACAAGCUGAAGCGCUUCCUGGAGGUCCACAUUUAUCCAGCGGAGCAGCUCCUGCGGGACCACCAGACUUCUUCGAGCAGGUGGAGCCCACAUCCCCUCAUCGAAGAGCUGAAGGUCAAGGCAAGGUCCGAGGGGCUCUGGAACCUUUUUCUGCCCCUGGAGAGUGACCCAGACAUGAAAUAUGGAGCAGGGCUGACCAACGUGGAGUAUGCCCACUUGUGCGAGCUGAUGGGGACCUCCCUCUAUGCACCUGAGGUGUUCAACUGCUCUGCCCCAGACACCGGCAACAUUGAGGUGCUGGUGCGCUACGGCACGGCGGCGCAGAAGGAGCGCUGGCUGCAGCCCCUGCUGGACGGCGAGAUCCGCUCUUGCUUUGCAAUGACGGAGCCGCAGGUUGCUUCCUCUGAUGCCACCAACAUCGAGGCUUCCAUCACCAAAGAAAAAGAUGCCUACGUCCUGAACGGGCACAAGUGGUGGAUUUCAGGCGCCCUGGAUCCUCGUUGCCAGCUCUGCAUCUUCAUGGGCAAGACGGACCCCACGGCUCAAAGGCACAAGCAGCAGUCGAUGGUGCUGGUUGCUAUGGAUACCCCCGGGAUUACGGUUGUCAGGCCCCUCAGCGUUUUCGGCUUGGAUGACGCUCCAGCCGGCCAUGGGGAGAUGGUCUUCGAAAACGUCCGUGUUCCCCAGGAGAACCUCUUGCUGGGCCCAGGCCGAGGGUUUGAGAUUGCCCAGGGCAGACUGGGCCCGGGGAGGAUACACCACUGCAUGAGGCUGAUCGGCUUAGCAGAAAGAGCGCUGGCCCUCAUGAAGGAGCGGGUGACAUCCCGCGUGGCCUUCGGAAAGCCGCUAGCAGAGCAGGGCACCAUCAGGGCAGGCAUUGCCGAGUCCCGCCUGGAGAUUGAACAGGCCCGGCUCCUUGUUCUCCAUGCGGCCCACCUCAUGGACACCGUGGGGAAUAAGGAAGCAGCUCUCGAGAUCGCCAUGAUCAAAGUGGCGGCCCCGAGGAUGGCGCAGCGAGUCAUCGACCGAGCGAUCCAGGCCUUUGGUGCAGCAGGACUCAGCAACGACCAGCCCCUGGCCCAAGCCUUCGCCUGGGCACGGGUUCUCCGCCUGGCCGAUGGCCCUGAUGAAGUCCACAAGGCCGCCAUUGCAAAAAUGGAGCUGAAGCGCUAGAAGUGCCUUGAUGGGAAGCGGCAUGACGUCCUCAUGGUUGACAUGGAGAGAAGGACGUGCAAGCCGCAGCUUUGGGAACUGUGAGGUGGGGAAAUUCAAAGUGGGAGUCUUCAGGUGCGGCAUCGGAGCUGAUCUCUGGGGCCUGCUCUAGCUGAUACCCAAGCACUGCCAGUUACGGUCCGAAACAGCCAGGCUGGCUGAGUGGUUAGUGCUGGGCGCAGCCACAGGGAAGAAAGCCAGCCACAAUUCUUAGCUGAGCUCAGCUCCUUCCAGCAGGGACAGCCGGAGACGCCUUGGCCAGGCUGACUGCCAAGCCGAACCCCCUUGCCCUCCGAGGAAUCUCUGCCGCUCCUGUGGGCAGAGAAGUGGAGAGAAGCAAGGCAACCCCCUCCCCCUGGCCUCCAGCAGAGAAUUCCCUACUCCCACCUGUGGUUCCUGUGGGUUUGCUCUACUUUUGGGGAGAUUUGCACUUUGAUACCCAGUGAGGUAUUCAAUCAUGAAAAUGGUGAACGAUGACUGAUUCUGAAAGGUUAUGUGGAACUGUUGCAUAAAAGCAAAACAAACACA